GCACGCGAGAACACGCCACUUCCCGGAAGUGAAACUAUCGCAACACGGAAGAGUCGGAAAGAAAACAAAUAAUUGUUGAAAUUCGGGUCGAGUUGAAGUCGGAGGAGACGCCCUGAACACUUUUCACCUGUUGGAUUAUCGGACGACGAGUUUGGUACACGAUGGAUUUCCUUUUUGGGAGGAGGAAGACUCCGGAGGAGAUGUUGAGGCAGAAUCAGCGGGCACUCAAUCGAGCCAUGAGAGAACUGGACAGGGAGAGAAUGAAACUGGAGCAACAAGAGAAGAAGAUCAUUGCUGACAUAAAGAAAAUGGCCAAACAAGGACAAAUGGACGCAGUUAAGAUCAUGGCCAAAGAUUUAGUUCGCACCAGGCGCUACGUGAAGAAGUUCAUCAUGAUGAAAGCCAAUAUUCAGGCUGUCAGUCUAAAAAUACAGACGCUCAAGUCUAACAACAGCAUGGCACAAGCAAUGAAAGGUGUCACCAAAGCCAUGGCCACGAUGAACAGACAGCUAAAACUGCCUCAAAUUCAGAAGAUCAUGAUGGAGUUUGAACGACAGAGUGAAAUCAUGGACAUGAAGGAGGAGAUGAUGAACGACGCCAUCGACGAUGCCAUGGGUGACGAGGAUGAUGAGGAGGAAAGUGACGCCAUCGUGUCCCAGGUGCUGGAUGAGCUGGGUUUGAAUCUGACCGAUGAACUGUCACAUCUCCCGAGCACCGGGGGAAGCCUGUCAGUAGCUGGGAAGAAAGCCGAGCCUCAGGCCGCCCUGGCUGAUGCGGACGCUGACCUGGAGGAACGGCUGAACAACCUGCGGAGGGACUGAACACGGACACUGAACGACAGCGGCUGUUAAUCCAAACGUACCUGAAAUGUCUGUGUCUAUAUUCUUCUGAAGGUAGAACUCGCAGAACGCCGGCGCUUUGCAGCCGAUGGUCUGUGAUUAUACAGGUGUAAGGCUUUCUGUUAAAGGUGUUUUUCAUUUUAUGUGUGCAUUAUAUCAAGAGAAAAAAAAGGUCAUCUUCUUUCAUAGGUUGAGAAAACGAUGCCAAAUGUAAUUUCUUUCAAAGUGGAAGUUUAUUUCUUGCUCAGUGUAAAUACUAACUCCUCAAGGCAUGAUGUUUUCACCAGUUCAAAGCAACACUAAUUACAUGAUGUUCAAAGUAGCCACAAUGAAGGUCGACAUUUUCUAGGUGAGUUAAUGUCAGCACUUUUUGUACAUCAGGUGAUUUCCAGAUCAUGACCUUUUAUAUAAAAUAGUGUUUUAGCCCUAAAACAAGCUAUUUGGUAUCAUUGAAUGUGCUCAGUUGUGGGAGUUGAGGUUGGAGCAUAGAAAAUGUAUUAUUUCAACAUCUUUUCUGUUAAAACUCACAAAGAGGAAGGUUUAUUUUCCCAAAUAUCUAAGGUUUGGAGGAAAAAAAGGUGUGUUCAGAUGCUUCAGCACAGGAAAAGCACUCCAGCCCAGUAGCUGGUUCAAGAUCAGCUGGAUUUUCAUACUGACUUGGUGAGGUGUAUUUUUGAGAUGUUGUUCUGUUUUGCUUUUUCUUUAUUCAAUAAACAUUUUCCAGAUUUA